AAUAUAUUUUCUUUUGAACAAGAAGAAACGGUAUAUUUAACGUACGGUACCAUACUGAUUGUAGCUAUAGGGUGUGUGUGUGAGAUAUGCAAGUUGAUGUGAGAAAGCAGCCUCUGGUCCAUCAAAUAUGAGAUUAUAUAAUCAACUUUCCAAUUAAUUUCUAAGGUCUCAAACAACUGUUUGAUAACAAUAAUUCAUUCAGAUAAUUAAUAUAUUUAAUGGAUUCAUCCAACAAAAAUGUCGCUGAGGAACCACUUUUAUUCUCUCACAGUAUUGCUACGCCGUCGAAUCAGCAUGAAUCCGACGGCGAGCUUGAGAGAAUACUAUCUGACACCACCGUGCCAUACUUCAACCGUGUCGGCUCCGCCUCCUGGAUUGAGCUUAAACUAUUGUUCAUCAUAGCUGCCCCUGCUGUUUUUGUUUAUCUCAUUAACUAUGUUAUGUCUAUGUCCACUCAAAUCUUAUCCGGCCACCUUGGGACUCUUGAACUUGCCGCGGCGUCUCUCGGUAACACCGGUAUCCAAAUCUUUGCUUAUGGUCUCAUGUUGGGUAUGGGAAGUGCAGUUGAGACACUAUGUGGACAAGCAUUUGGAGCAGAAAAAUUUGACAUGCUAGGAUUAUAUUUACAAAGAUCAACCAUUCUUCUAACAAUAACCGGUUUUUUUCUAACCGUUAUUUACAUCUUUAGCGAACAAAUUCUUAUCUUAAUCGGACAAUCACCAAGAAUCGCUUCUGCAGCCGCACUUUUUGUCUACGGACUUAUCCCACAAAUAUUUGCUUAUGCAAUCAAUUUUCCAAUCCAAAAAUUCCUUCAAGCACAAAGCAUUGUUCUACCAAGUGCUUAUAUUUCAGCAGCAACUUUAGUUGUUCAUAUAAUAUUGAGUUGGGUUGCUAUCUAUAAGAUUGGUUUAGGCUUAUUGGGUGCUUCAUUGGUUUUGAGUUUUUCUUGGUGGAUUAUUGUUAUUGCUCAAUUUGUUUAUAUUUUGAAGAGUGAAAAGUGUAAGAGGACAUGGAAUGGGUUUACUUUGGAGGCAUUUUCGGGGUUGCCGCAGUUUUUUAAACUGUCGGCUGCAUCGGCGGUUAUGUUGUGUCUUGAAACUUGGUACCUUCAGAUUCUUGUUUUGCUUGCUGGGCUUCUUCCUAACCCUGAGAUCGCUCUUGAUUCUCUUUCUAUUUGUACCACAAUUUCAGGAUGGGUUUUCAUGAUCUCUGUUGGAUUCAACGCAGCUGCAAGUGUAAGAGUGAGCAAUGAACUAGGAGCAAGAAAUCCAAAAUCAGCAUCAUUUUCAGUUGUGGUGGUGACAUUGAUAUCAUUUGUAAUAUCAGUAAUACUAGCAGUGGUUGUGUUUGCAUUGAGAGAUGUUAUUAGCUAUGUCUUCACAGAAGGUGAAGUUGUUGCUGCUGCUGUCUCAGAUCUUUGUCCACUCCUCUGUCUUACUCUUGUCCUCAAUGGCAUUCAGCCUGUCUUAUCUGGGGUUGCUGUUGGCUGUGGAUGGCAAGCUUUUGUUGCUUAUGUGAAUGUAGGCUGCUAUUAUAUAGUUGGUAUACCAUUGGGCGCAGUUCUCGGAUUUUAUUUCAAUUUUGGCGCUAAGGGAAUAUGGCUUGGAAUGAUUGGUGGAACACUUAUGCAGACAAUUAUUCUAAUUUGGGUCACAUUUAGAACGGAUUGGAAUAAAGAGGUGGAAGAAGCAACCAACAGGUUGAACAAAUUGGAGGACAGAAGGGAGCCCCUGCUAAACUAAAAAAAAAACUGGAUUAGUUUUAUGUAAUGGUUUAGAAAGUAAAAACAUAAUAAAAUAUUUUUAAAAUUGAAGUUAUUGAUUAAUUCAUAGAAUUUAUUAUUUAUUAAUGUUUUAAAAACUGUAUCGGAGUGACCUGUUAGGAUCAGAAAUCAUUUGUAUGAUCGGGUUAAGUUAUGUAAUGGAUUGAUUACAUAAUAAAAUUGGCGAGACUCGGCCAAAAUUGUUGAUAA